AAAUUGAUUACCAAAAAAACUUCCAUCCUACUUCUUGAGCAAAAUUUCAUUCAACUUUUUUUUUUUAUUCAAAAAACUAUAAUAAAUAAAGUUGAAAUAAAUAUGAAUUAUAAUAAAAACGAUGUCCAAGCAAAUGUUAUACCCAUUGCUAAUAGUAAUUGGGGAUCUUUUAAUUCGCGAUAUGAUCGGCAACCAAAUUACCAAGACUCUGGAAAUGCCGCGAAUUCUAACUUCAAUGAAAUUGAACAAAUCGAUUAUGUUGCUAAUUCAACAGCACAAUAUCAAUCCAAUAAUGAAUUUACUGGUGUAAAUGAUGUUGACUCUUUUGGGUUAGAUAAACAAUCCAUUAACUUCCAUAAAGAUUAUGGAUUUUCUGAUGAUUCUUCUUAUGGUCAAGAUACCAAUAAUAGCGGCGCAUACAUGCAAAACCAAAAUACCAAUAAUCGUGGUAGAUUUGGACAAAAUCCCAAAAAGUUCCAAAACAAUCGUUCGAAUAACAAAAACUUUGGAUCUCAACAAAACAAUUUUAAUUCUCAGUGGAAUCAAUCGAAUUCCAAUAACGCAAUGAACAAUAAAAACCGAGGAUCGUGGUUGUCCGGGUCGGAACAGGGUUCGGUUGGUAAUGGAAAUAAUCCAAAUGCAAACCAACCGAAUCAAUCCGAUCAGUUCAAUGGUUAUGGCGAUUCUAGCGCCAAUUAUGUAUCCUUUGGCAAAUUCAGACAACAUUUUAUUAAUCGCCAAAAUAAAACUUCAAACGGCGAUGAACAACAAACGCCAGCUCCAACGUUGUUUAUGGGUAGAAAUGAAUCCUAUCCCGACGAAUUGAACAGUCUAAUGAAUCCAUUUUUCUGUGGCGUUUGUAAUUCUCGUUUGAAUUCCAUUAAGAGCGCUAAUAUUCAUUAUGAAUCGAAAGCCCACGAUAAACAGGUCUCGAAUUGGAUGAAAAAAACAUUUGCCGAUAAGGGACUGAAUGUCCCGGAGGUAAAGCGUUUUGUUACCCAAGAGACAGUCAGUCCGUAUCGUUGUGAGCUAUGUAAGCUUGAUUUAACAUCAGCUCAGCAUGCUUUGCAGCAUUAUAAUGGCAAGAGGCAUAGAACAGCUGCUACCAAGAUCUCGCCACCAACUGGUAUUGGUUAUUAUAAUGUUGAUGGUAAUUGGGUGGAAACGGGCAAGGUCAUGGACAAGGUAACUGGGAAGGAAUCGUCUUAUAUUUUGGUCAAUACCCCGACGGGUUUUGAACCAGUUGUUUUGCAUGUUGCCCCAGCUCAGGUUGCUGGGGUAAAAAGACCUGCAGAAUUGCAAGCGAAUAAGCCGGAAGUUGUACCCCAAAAGAAAGCCCAUUUAAAUGAACCCCAAAACCCAGAACAAGCAAAAAUAAAGCAACAAAAGGAAGAGCAAUAUCGGACAAUGAUAACAGAAUAUGAAAAGAAAAAAGCCUCAGAUCCAAACAAUGAGUUUAAAUCAAUUUCAUUAGAAUCUGUUAAUAAUUACACUCAAGCAGCACAAGAUGCUUUAAAUACACAACAAUGUAAUAUAUGUGGAAUUAGUACCACAUCAUACGAUCAAAUGUUGCUUCAUCUGAAAGGUAUACGUCAUACCAAAAGAUUACGAUCUCUUGGUGAACCUCCGAUUGUUUUGGACAAAAAAUCAUCCACUACGAUUUUAGAGAGCUUAAAUGAUAAUAGUCCUUUGGAUUUAUCAAUGUAUCGAACGCCAAGCGGUUCGUAUUAUUGUAAAACUUGUAAUGCUGCUUUGGAAGAUGUUGCACGCAUUAAGAAGCAUAUAUUUAGUAAGGCACAUUUGGCUGCUGUUAAAAAAAGUGAAGAGAAACCAAAACCAGUGAAAUCUUAGAUUGGGAGUUAAGGAAAGUAUUAUACUUUGCAUGUAAUCAAGAUUAUUAGUAAGAUUCAAUUAUUCAAUAAAAAUUUUAAUCAUGCCCCA